CUCCAAGGUACGUCCAGAACGUACAAUCGACUACUGGUGUCCUUCCCCAUUUCUUCCUUCCUUCGCCUCGACUCCUCACAAGGCGAUCGCUCCAGAGAAAAUUUCGAGGGUUUAGCCAGACGGUGACUGGGAUCGAGAUCGGGGCGACAUGAGCGAGGUGUUCGAGGGCUACGAGCGCCAGUACUGCGAGGCGUCCGCCUCCCUCACCCGCAAAUGCACCGCCGCCGCUGCCCUACAGGGAGAGAAGCUGAAGCAAAAGGCGGCGGAGAUCCAAUCCGGCAUCGAUGGCGCUGAGGCACUGAUAAGGAAGAUGGAUCUCGAAGCAAGGAACCUCCAACCAAGCAUUAGAGCUGGGCUCCUAGCAAAGAUCAGGGAGUACAAGUCAGAUCUUAAUAACCUCAAGGGAGCACUAAAGAGGAUUACCAGUGGUAACGCACAGCAGGGGGCGAGGGAGGAGUUGCUGGAGUCAGGAAUGGCAGAUGCAUUGGGGGUUUCUGCUGAUCAAAGAUCAAGAUUGCUCAGGGCAACCGAGAGACAGAACAAAACAACUGAUAGGCUCAGAGAUAGCCAUAAAACUAUGCUGGAGACUGAAGAUCUUGGUGUCUCCAUCUUGCAUGACCUGAAUCAACAGCGCCAAUCUCUCUUGCGUGCUCAUGAUGUAUUGGAUGAGGUGGAUAACAACGUUGGCAAGAGCAGGAGGAUCAUUGGAGGCAUGAUGAGGAGAAUGGAUAGAAACAAGUGGAUAAUCGGUCUCAUCAUAGCAGUCCUUGUCCUGGCUAUCCUCGUGAUUCUGUAUUUCAAGUUCGUGCACUAGAGGAUUUGCUUUGCAUUGGACAGUAGUUUCCUACUGUAACCAGGACGAAGAGGAAGGCAGCUGUGAUUUUUUUUUGGCUUACUUAUAUCGUGAUUUUGUGUUUUUAUUCUCGAUUUCCUCUUUCUUUUUAGAUCAAUCUUUCUGUGGGAUGUGCUUGUAUGGUAUCGAAUGUGUUGUGUGAGGAAACAUGUUCAGGCCGUGAAGCAAAGUUUUGUAUAUCUGAUUGGUUUUUAUUUGAAAGAAUAACUGCACGGAUAGGCAAUAAGUAAGGAAGCAUAUUUGAGAAUGUU